AUGGGUGAAACCGGUAUCGUUGUCCGGUUCCCGGGAAACUUAGACCCAAGAGCUGAGGAGUUCAGACCCACAAACAUCAUUCAACAUCAACCGGCAACCGUUUUCCCACAACCUUAUCCAUGUCCGUACGCACCGUUGCCCGUGGCCGUUGGAGUUCCGUUCACUCACUUCACUGCUUACGUCACCCCGCCGGCGCAGGUGUCCACGUCACCAACCCGGUCGCUGCUGCUGAGUCCCGUUCCCAUCAUCAUUAGCGAGUCAGCGUUGAGGAUGGAACUCGAGGUGUUCGGUGACGUCAGAGGAAUCCAGAUGGACGGUCUCCGUGAUGGAACCGUUACCGUUCAUUUCUACGACCUCAGGCAUGCAGAGACGGCGUUAACGGCGAUUCGCAGACAGCACAUGCAGCACCAGACCAGGCUCCGCAACCACUACGCUUCUUUCUUCAAGACCCUCAACCCUGAAUUCUACGCCGCCGCACCACCACCGCUUCCUCCGCCGGCGCGUGGGCUUAUAUCCGGUCGUGUCGUGUGGGCCCAGUACGUCCAACCCGCUUGCAAUGCCGUCCCCGACGGUCAGAACCAAGGGACACUCGUGAUUUUCAAUUUGGACAUGGAGGUGUCCACUGAGAAUCUCCGACAAGUUUUUAAGGCUUUUGGUGCCAUAAAGGAAUUGAGAGAUACACCAUGGAAAAAGAAUCAAAGAUUCGUGGAGUUUUUUGACAUAAGAGACGCAGCAAAGGCAUUGAAAGAGAUGAAUGGCAAGGAAAUUAAUGGAAAACAAGUUGUUAUUGAGUUUAGUAGACCAGGUGGUCACACCAGAAAGUUUUUCCAUUCUUCACCACACUCUACAAUCUCCAAAAAGCCUCUUAAUUUCAAUAUCCCAUCUCCACCAUCACCAUCACCACGUGCUGCUUCUUCCCCUCGACGUCGUUUUGCUGGUUCUCGCUUGCAUUCCUCUCAUCAACCACAAUUAUCUUACAAGAAAUCUGCUGUUGACCAGAACAAGAUUUCAGAUUCUGGUUCUAUUGAUGCAUCAAUCACGAAGCAACAACAACAACAACUACCUAGAAGUAAUAGGAAUUGGAAGGGAAAGCAAGCAAAGAAGCUUGAAACUCGGUUCUUAAUCAAAGAAGAUGCCAUUGUUGAGUCCACUUCCAGAGAUUCUAGAACUACUGUAAUGAUCAAGAACAUACCCAACAAAUACAGUCAGAAGCUACUGUUAAACAUGCUGGACAACCACUGCAUACACUGCAACGAGCAGAUUGGCGAUGAUGAUGACCAGCCUUUAUCCUCCUACGACUUCGUGUACCUUCCCAUUGAUUUCAACAACAAGUGCAAUGUGGGAUAUGGGUUUGUGAACAUGACAUCUCCGGAGGCAACACUGAGGCUCUAUAAGGCCUUCCAUCUUCAACAUUGGGAGGUAUUUAAUUCAAGAAAAAUUUGCGAAGUCACCUACGCGAGAGUUCAGGGUUUGGAAGCUUUGAAAGAGCACUUUAAGAACUCAAAGUUCCCAUGCGAGAUGGAGCAUUACCUGCCAGUGGUGUUUUCACCGCCUCGAGACGGUGGUAGGGAACUGACGGAGCCACUUCCAAUUGUGGGGAACAAGCAGCAAACAAUUGGUGUGACAAAUAUUUCAAAUGGUGUUGGUUGUGAUGAGAUGGAGGGUGGUGAUAGGGAUGAUAGGGUAGGUGGUGGUGUUUCUGCUUGUGAUGACGUGGCUAGCAGCAAAAGUGGCGGCGUGAGUAGUGAUGAUGACACAAGGGAAGUGGGUGGUGGAGGCAUGCUCUCUUCUGAAGUGUGUAGCGUAGUUGACUAG